CUCUGUGUUUACUACAGUGCUCUCUCAGCAGUAAAAGAAGUAGGAGAGCAGAUAUACACGUGGUCAUAUUGACAUUAGCUAAACGUGACAAUAUCAAAUUAGUGAGAUUCUUUAUGUGAUAUUCCAUAGUGAUAAUAACAAUGAAUCUUUCGUUUGCUGGUUGUGGAUUUUUGGGCAUCUACCAUGUCGGAGUGGCAUGUUGCUUUCGCAAAUAUGCCCCACAUUUGUGUUUAAACAAAAUAUCGGGGGCUUCCGCAGGUGCUAUCGCUGCUUGUUGCUUACUACUCGACCUUCCACUAGGAGAAACUACAAGCGACGUUCUUCGAGUAGCCAUAGAAGCACGAAAAAGAUCCCUAGGACCUUUCAAUCCCUCAUUCAAUAUACACAACCUUCUUCUAGAAGGUCUGGAAAAAUUUUUGCCAGAUGAUGCCCACGUCAGAGUCAGUGGCAAACUACACGUCUCUCUAACUCGCGUCCGUGACGGCAAAAAUGUCAUUGUGUCGCAAUUCGACAGCAGAGAAGAACUUAUUCAAGUUCUUCUCGCUUCAGCUUUCAUACCAAUCUUCUCUGGAAUCCUUCCACCAAAAUUCAAAGGGGUUAGAUAUAUGGAUGGGGGAUACAGCGACAAUUUGCCAACUCUAGAUGAAAACACAAUCACUGUUAGUCCGUUCUGUGGCGAAAGUGAUAUUUGUCCUAGAGAUGAUAGUUCACAGUUGUUUCAUAUAAAUAUUGCCAAUACUAGCAUAGAAUUAUCAAAACAUAAUAUAUAUAGAAUGGUUAGAAUACUUUUCCCACCAAAACCUGAAGUUUUGUCAAAUAUGUGUAAGCAAGGCUUCGAUGAUGCUCUCAGAUUUUUGCAUCGGAAUAAUCUUAUUAAUUGUACAAGAUGUUUGGCUGUGCAGUCGACUUUCGUGGUUUCGGAAACUUUGGAUGAAAAUUUGGAGUAUGACCCGCAGUGUAAAGAAUGUAGACAACACAGACAGGAGGCGUUGGUGUCAAACAUGCCUGAUACUGUCCUAAGCAUAUUCCAAGAAGCAAUCGACUCCGCUAACAAAGGAUUACUCAACUGGCUUUUUAAACACCGCGGCAUGAAACUGCUUUCCGUGUUAAGUCUUCCGUAUACUCUUCCAGCGGAUAUCGUUUACGCAACAAUCACAAAGUUAAACCUUAUCCCUACUGUAAAAGCAGCCCCAAUGAUACUCUCUAGAAACAUAACAGAUUUUAAUAUUGUUGCCGCUGUCGGUACACAAUUUGAAACUAAAUCUCUCCAGUUCUCAGCCUUAGGAAAUAGUUUAGUACCAGUAAAUGCUCUAGUACCCGCCCAUUGUACCACAUGUUCCCCAAUAACUAACAACCAGAGGUUCAUGGCUACGGCGCCUCAAAUAGGUAACACUUUCUGGGAUAUGAGCAAAUACUUCAUGGAUCAGGUGUCUCAUGUUCUCAAUAAACUAAACAACAAGCGCGAACAAUUGAGUGCUAAGAUUACUUGCCAAUUGGCCGUAACUGAAUAUGGUGGAACAGAUGUUGAGGCUUGUCAAGAUACGUUGUCCACUAAAAAUAAAAUGAACUUGAACUUUACACUCAAUUUAGAUGAUAGUGAUCUGCCCAUCAGUCAAAGUCCAGGCCGAAAAUUCACGUCUUCGAAACUUCUCCAAAGGAGGCCUAGUUUGACAAUAAACAGAACCGAUACAGGUGAAGACGAUACAUUCGAACAUAUCUUGCAAGUCACGUCUCACCAUGAAACCAUAAUGGCUUACUAUUAUUUAGAUGAAAAUAAUAAAGUCAAAGUCACCGAAAUUUUCGAUGUUACUGAUAGUGAUUCUCCGAUUGUUCAAACUUCACAUGAAAGAGAAUUCAACAAAAACCUGGAAUUUGAUGAUGAUUGGGAUGAAUCUACUUGGACUACGACGCAUGCAUUAGAUGAUCGCAUGUAUCUAGAUGAAAGAAGAAGGAGUUUAGGCGAAACAUCGGAAUAUUCUCUUGAGGACCUUUUGGAUAAAGAUGCUUCAAAUCUAUUUUCUGAUCCGGAGAGCGAGUGGACUGGUACCUAUAAAAUUGAAGAACCAGAAGAUGAUGAUGAUCUAAUACCAACAACUGAUUUAAGACCAGAAUCUGAACAACCGGAGCAACCGAUUUAUGUUAGGGCUUGCACAGUUCCUUCUUUUACCUUCCAAAAUGAUUCAUAGGAUAGUGGUUACGAGGGUUACGACUAAAUUUCUUAUAGAGAUAUUUAUUUUGGUUUCAUAAACAUUGUGAUAUUGUAAUUAUAAAAAAAAAAUGAUAUUUAUUAAGUAUUAUAUGACCACUUAUUGUAACUAUUUAUAAUAAAUUAUAUUAGUUAAUAAUUAUCUUUUUAAAUUAGAAAAAUAAAGUAUUGUUGUAAUUCAUUCUAUCUUUUAUAUUGCUUAAAAUAAAUCAUUUUGUAAUUUUUGAGUGGC